CAGGGCUUCGUAUUUGUGCGCCUCUUGGCACCUUGAUAGCUCAAUUCUGUCAAUAUGAGAAUCCCAACUACAUGAAUACGCAGUGGCCUAGGCGUGCUGCCAAGCAUGAAUCGCUGCGAUGACGACCGCAACGGACCAGCGGAGGAAACGCAACGGACGCGGCACAGUACAGCAUUCGCACAUGCGCCGCGCUGGAUUCAGCUCAUCUCUCAUUUCACUUCAUUUCCCAGUGUGGUCAUUUGCACGACGACAGGCCUCCGAGUGCUACCAUCACUGCCUCUCAGAGCAACGUCUGGUUGGGUUGGUGACGGAUUUCCCUCUUGAUAUAAAGUACCAUCUACCUCAUACCCCUGGCUGGCGGGAGGGCGUCUCCAUUGUUGCCGAGUUUCUUUACCGCACAUCAAGAUAUACAAGUCCACUCCCCAAUUUCCCGCCGGCUGCGACGGAGUCCGGAAUGGAACUAGCCCCAACCAAGUCACUGCCAUUCGAUCCUCGCAGUUUUUGGCGUGCAGGAGACCAUCUUGGUCGCUUCGACGUCACUCCUAGCAUCCAGGCCCGCCAAAUAACCCCGAAAUUGCAGGGGUAUCUGGCGUGUUAGCGCGAACUUUUCCAGAGCUUGGAUGCUUGGCCCAUCCUAAUGCGAAAUGUGCUCCGUACGGAAUAUAUUGCUAGCCCAGCCACUGUGACGAGAAUCAUGCUCUUGUACUC